AUGGGCAUAGAGACAACUCCCGAUGUCGAGGAAUCGACUGAACCUCCUAUAUGUCCUUGUACGGAGCCCAUUUCACAUGAAUCACCCACAACCUUAAGCCUUAAGCCGUGCGACCCGAAAGAAAAGCCGGCAACGCCGCUGGCCACCCAUAGCUUGCCUGUCCGCUCUGAGCAGCGCACAUCGACCGAAACGACUGAAAGAACAGACGAUCGGCUCAAGAAUGCCCAUCUCUUGGAGCCUUUUCAACUCACGACCCUCCUCCAGACAGACCUACAUAAUGGACUUUCCAGCUCCGAAGCAGAAUUGCGCCUUGAGCGCGACGGUCCAAAUGCGGUCCGCGAAAUCGAGAGCAUCUCCUUCUGGGGGAUACUGCUAAGGCAGGUAUCCAACAGCUUGACGAUAGUUCUUCUGAUCACCAUGGCUCUGUCCUUUGGAAUCGAUGAUUACAUCGAAGGUGGUGUCAUAACAGCCGUGAUCCUCCUGAACAUCAUCGUUGGCUUUGUCCAAGAUUAUAAAGCCGAGAAGACGAUCCUUUCCCUCCACCGCUUGUCGGCGCCAGUUUGCAAGGUCACUCGGGAUGGGAAGGUGAUUUCUGUGAAAGCUGAAUCACUAGUUGUCGGUGAUAUAGUCCGCUUGGCGGUUGGAGAUGUCGUUCCUGCAGACUUGCGGCUAUUGGAGGGCAUGAACAUUUCGACGGACGAAGCUCUUCUCACUGGGGAGUCUCUACCCGUUCAGAAAACUCCAUACACCACACUGGUCUUACCGGAUAUACCUAUCGGAGAUAGAACCAAUAUGGCAUACUCUGGUUGUAGUACAACACAGGGUCGAGCCACCGGCAUCGUCGUUGCAAUAGGAAUGGCAACAGAAGUAGGCAAGAUUGCCCAACUGCUCCAAGAUCAGGGCAGUAUGGGGAGUAGAAGCCCACUUCGUCAAGCCUUAUACCGUGUCAAAUCCUUCAUCGCCAAGAUGCUAGGACUAGUAGGCACACCACUGCAGGUUAAGCUGAGCAAGUUCGCACUUCUUCUCUUUGCAUUAGCCAUCCUGCUUGCCAUCAUCGUUUUCUCGGUCAACUUGUGGGAUGUGCAAGGUGAGGUCUUGAUUUACGGGAUCUGCGUUGCAGUGGCUGUUAUACCAGAGUCACUCAUUGCAGUCUUGACCAUUACUAUUGCUGUGGGAACAAAGGAAAUGGCGAAAGGAAAUGUCAUAGUUCGCAAACUGCAAUGUCUCGAGGCUGUUGGUGGUGUCACCAAUAUUUGUUCCGACAAGACCGGAACUCUGACACAGGGAAAGAUGAUCGCUCGAUCGGCAUGGAUCCCAGGAGCGGGCACCUUGACUGUUCGUCAAACGACCGAUCCAUACGACCCGACCAGUGGCCUGGUUCAACUGGACGAGAUUGACUGGAAUUCAAGCCACCCUAUUGAAAAGCAUCCCGCUUUACACACCUUUCUCUCUGCUCUUUCACUCUGUAACCUCUCGGUCGUGCAGCAUGAAAAUGAUGUAUGGUCCGCAGUUGGAGAACCGACCGAAAUAGCUUUACAUGUCUUGGCUAUGCGAUUCGACUUUGCCAAAAAUACUGUGAUCCGUGGGCGGAAACUUCAGCUCCACACAGAAUAUCCAUUUGACUCCGCUAUCAAAAAGAUGACAAUUGUGUAUAGCAACGCGGAAGAUGGUUUCAAUGAGGUAUACACCAAAGGUGCACCGGAGGCUGUCAUUCCCUCCAUAUCAACUAGCGAAGGCGAAAAGCAGAUCAUCCGUGAAACCGCGGAUAGAAUGGCCGGAGAGGGACUUCGUGUUCUUUGCAUUGCCUACAAAAAGACUGCUAUCGACAAUAACGACUUCGUCUCCCCUCGGGCGUCUGCAGAGAGCGAUCUCCAAUUCGGUGGGCUAGUUGGCCUGUAUGAUCCUCCACGCGUCGAAACGGCGGCGGCGGUGCGGAAAUGCCAAAUGGCAGGGAUAACAGUGCACAUGCUGACGGGUGAUCACAUCAAGACAGCCACAGCUAUUGCUUCUGAAGUUGGCAUCCUCGACCGUGUGGUUGCUUUGGCAAAAUCAAGAAAACUAGUCAUGGCCGCGGAUGAGUUUGACAGACUUACCGACGCUGAGGUGGACGAAAUUGAGGAGCUGCCGCUUGUCAUUGCUCGUUGUAGCCCGGCCACCAAAGUGCGGAUGGUUGAUGCUAUGCAUCGCCGCCAGGCGUUUUGUGUGAUGACUGGUGACGGGGUCAAUGAUUCUCCAGCUCUCAAACGAGCAGACGUGGGCAUUGCCAUGGGUAAGAAUGGCAGUGAUGUGGCCAAGGAAGCCGCAGAUAUGGUGCUCACCGAUGACAACUUUUCUUCGAUUGUCAAAGCCGUUGAGGAAGGCCGUCGUCUAUUCGAUAAUAUUCAGAAGUUUCUCAUGCAUCUUUUGAUUUCAAAUAUCGCUCAGGUGAUCCUACUUCUCAUUGCCCUUGCAUUCAAAGAUACCGGAGGGGACUCUGUCUUCCCUCUUUCCCCACUAGAAAUUCUAUGGGCCAAUCUUGUCACCUCAUCCUUCUUAGCUGUUGGACUCGGCCUGGAAGAGGCGCAACCGGACAUCAUGUAUCGUCCGCCGCAUGACCUACGAGUCGGAGUCUUUACUCGGGAACUCAUAGUUGACAAGAUGAUAUACGGAACUUUCAUGGGCUCGCUCUGUCUGGUCGCAUUUGUUUGUGUUAUCUAUGCAGCCGGCGCAGGGACUUCCGAUUUGGGAGAUGGAUGCAACCAAGGCUACAACCCGACUUGUGACGCUGUUUUUCGAGCCCGUGCAACAACAUACGCAACUCUAACUUUUCUUCUUCUGGUAACAGCCUGGGAAGUGAAACAUUUUUCAUGGUCUUUGUUCAACAUGGACCCGGUCAGAUCUCCUAGGAAGUCCAUCCUCUCCACACUUUGGCGCAACCAAUUUCUCUUCUGGGCGGUCGUGGCUGGCUUUGUUAUUGCCUUCCCAGUUAUCUAUCUUCCAGUAGUAAACCAAGUGGUUUUCAAACACCAUUCUAUAACAUGGGAGUGGGGUGUUGUGUUUGGCUGCACAGUAACCUAUUUGGCCUGUGUCGAGAGUUGGAAGGCUGUGAAGCGGGCGUUUGGAAUCGGCAGUGGCAUGACCGCGAUCCUGACGCUGGAGGAUGCAGAAACGAGAGCUGGUCUCGGUACACUUACUCCGCUAUCUCUCAGUGCUAAUGCAAGUGUGGAGAUGAAGUGA